GCAAGUUUCAAAAAGCCCCAAGUUUACGUACUCAGCUGCAGCACCUAAAAACCAGUUCAGAUCUCCAUUUCCUCCUAGUUAUCCCUUCAAACAACACAAAAAGGCUAUACUGCAAAGAAACACACAAAAGAGAGAAUGGCAGAGACUGCUGUGUUCAAUCUAUUAGCCAACUUUUCACUCUUCUUUCAGCGAGAGGUGAAUUUGUUGAGCGGGGUUCGGGAAGAGAUUGAGUACAUUAGGGAUGAAUUCGAGCGCAUGAUGGCUUUCCUCAGAGUUGCUGACUCUAUGGAAGAAAAUGACUUGGAACUCAAAGUUUGGGUCAAACAAGUUCGAGAUGCUGCAUACGACACUGAAGAUGUUCUUGACAAAUUCAAGCUUAACUUCGCACACAAUUAUGGCACCGGAUUCCGUGGUUUUGUUCGUAAGAUUUCUUUCUCCAUCAAGACUUUAAAAGCUCGCUACCAAAUUGCUUAUGAAGUGCAAAGAAUUAAGAACAGGGUCAUCAAUAUUUCCAUGGGACAUCAGAGGUACCAUGAUAGAUAUGGUAUACUGGAGCUAGGCUCAAGGUCCAUUGGUGAUAACAACGCAUGGUACGAUUGUCGUGGAGAUGCGCUUCUACAUGAAGAAGCUGAGCUUGUGGGCAUCGAGAAGCCCAAAACAAAACUGAUUGGGUGGUUGGUGGAGGGAGAUCCUAGACUCAAAGUGAUUUCAGUAGUGGGAAUGGGAGGAUUGGGCAAAACCACUGUCGUUAAAAAGGUCUAUGAUGAUGCAGCAAUAAAGAAGCAUUUCCAGAUUCGGGCUUGGAUCACAGUUUCAGAAUCAUUCAAGAUUGAAAAGCUCUUGAAAGACAUGAUUCACCAGCUCUUUAAAGAAGUCAAGCAACCUGUCCCACAAGGAGUGAAAACCAUGGAUUGGAACAGCCUAAAAGGAAUAAUAAAUGCCUUCCUACGGCAAAAGAGGUACGUGCUUGUUUUUGAUGAUGUAUGGAAUAUUCAAGCAUGGCAAGCUUUUAGAUAUACAUUCCCUGAGUGCAACUGUGGAAGCCGAGUAAUGCUCACAACAAGAAAUGCUGAUUUAGCCUUAUUCUCUAGUAGAGAAUAUAAUGGCUAUGUCUAUGAUCUCCAGCCCCUCUCUCCCCAAGAGUCCUGGGCCUUGUUUUGCAAAAAGACGUUUCAGGAGAACUAUUGCCCCUCACAUUUGGAAGGUCUUUUGACAAGCAUCUUGAGAAGAUGCGAGGGAUUGCCGCUUGCAAUAGUGGCUAUCAGUGGUCUUUUAUCGGUGAAGGACCAGAGCAGCGUAGCAGAGGUAGAUAAUGGAGAAAGGAAAUUAGUUCUUUCCCAAGAGUUGUCCCUCCAAAAUCUAACUUUUGUAAGGCUAUGGAUAGGUGACCUCUCUGAGGAUGAGGAAAAUCCCGAAGAAGAGAUCAACCUCUCAGCGAACCCUUCUUCUUAG